AUGGCAGAUCAUCAACCUUCAGAUGAGGUCCUCCCCCCUGGCAGCUCUGAACCUGGGAUCAAUGGCUGUGCUCCUUCACCAAACGUAGAGCUCCAGGCAGAGGAGCAGAGAAUCCAUGAUGAGGUGGAGGAGGAGAAAGAAGGAGGAGCAGACAGAGAGAUGACCAAACCCAGACCUCCUCUGCUUAACCUCCGUAGAGAUGUGAAUGGCGGAGGUCACCGGCGAAUAGGAAAUCAGAACCUGGGGGCCAAUCAUCCCAUGUCUCCUGCUGCAGCUGCCACAUGUUCCACUGCUGGCACCUCUGUGUCCGGUAAAAGGAUGCAGCUGUUGUCCAAUGAGGCGAGGAGAGAGAUGGCGAAGCAGGCCAGAGCCGUGAAGGAGGAGAGACGAGCGACUCUGGAUGCCCGGCACAAAUAUCUGAUCAACAGGUUGGUGGACGCUGGGACACUCGGGGAGCCGGAGGUGGAAGACGCCCUCCUCUCUGAUGACAAGUUUAGCUUGAUUGAUGACUUCUUUGCUGCAAAUGGAUCCAGGAAGCUGAUAUUCUUCUACCAGAGUUUGAAACAGAAUCCUUACUCCAGUCAUGCCUCAGCUGUGAAUGUAGCGCCCUCUGCUGUGGCUCAGAGGAAACUCUUCAUAACUACAGGCAGUUCUGAGCCUUUACUGGGGAAGUGUCUGUUCUUCCUGAGGACCACCGACAAGGCGAUAACCACGGCUAACAUACAGCAGGAGGUGAACUUUGGCUCGUUGGACUGCAGUGACGGCAGCUUCCUGAACAGUCUGGAAGCUCUGCUGUCUCACGUCAUGUUACCGGCCCUCCGAUCACAGCAGACGUGGGGCUCUGUGCAGGAGGGCACGUCCUGUCCAGACGUCCAGUCCUUCCUGUCUUCAGUGGACAAGUUCAUCAAUAAUCUGAGCUCGACCAGAGUCAGCAUGCAGAGAAAGUUCACGCUGCUGCAGGUCGACCUUCCUGAUGCCAUCAAUCAGCUGAGCAGCCCUGCAGACUACACAGCAGCAGCGAAUAACAGAGAGCUGGUGGAGCGUUUGGAGGGCGUGGUGUCAGUGUGGACCAAUCAGAUCAAGCAGGUGCUUACGGAAAGCGAGCAGAUAAGAAAAGAGGCCGACGACGUGGGGCCGUCAGCUGAGCUGGAGCACUGGAAGAGACGCAUGGUCACCUUUAACAGUCUGACUGAGGAGGUGAAGCGUCUCCAGGUGAAAAGGACUCUGGGAGUUCUGCAGGUCACCAGGUCUCGAACUCUACAAUCCUGGAAAGAACUGGACGGGGAGAUCACUGUUGUUGCUAACGAAGCCAAGGACAACGUGAAGUAUCUGCAGACUCUGGACAAGUUUUUGGGACCUCUGGGGAAAUGCACUCCGACCAGUAUCCUAGAGCACAUCCCUGGACUAAUGACCAGCAUCAGGAUGAUCCACACCGUGUCUCAGUACUACAACACCUCAGAGAGGAUGACCUCUCUGCUGCUCAAGGUCACCAACCAGAUGAUCAGCUCCUGCAGGAGCUACCUGUUGCAGGGUGCAGCUCGGAUCUGGGACCACGGCAGGCCCGCGCUGAUGCAGCGUAUCUCAGACUGUUGUAAGCUGAAUGAGGAGUAUCAGAGAAGCUUCCAGAGCAUCAGAGACAAACUGAGAGAAAAUCCUGAAAACAGACAGUUUGACUUCAGUGAGAACUACAUCUUUGGAAAGUUUGACGCGUUCUGCAGGCGUCUGGAGAAAAUAGCUGACAUGGCGACCACGCUUGAGAGCCUGGCUGCUCUGAAAAGCAUGAAGGUGGAGGGCAUCGAGAAGAUUUAUGUUCGCUAUCAGACCGUCGUCUCAACAACAAAGUCCAAGACAUACGACAUCCUGGACCCCCGCAAGCUGGAGUUCGACAGUGACUAUGCAGACUUCCAGCUCCAGGUUCAGGGUUUGUUCCAGUCUCUUCAGUCUCUGCUGGACGGUUGGUUCCAACAAUCUCUCACUACGGAGCGAAUGCUGCAGCUACUUGCAGUGUUCGAGUCCGGUCCAACAGCUGGUCUGGACCUGAAGAAGCACUACCUGCUGCUGCUGCAGCGCUACAGCAAAGAGCUGGAGCUUCUGAGGAAGACCUACCAGAGACAGAGGGAGAGCCCGCCCAUCGGACGCAACCUGCCCCCGGUGACGGGCAGGAUCAUGUGGUGUCGACAACUUUUCAGGAAGAUUGAAGCUCCCAUGUUGAUCCUGAAGAAUAAGCUCGACAUCCUCAAGGGUCCAGACCUGACUAAGGUGAUCCGGAGCUACAACAAAAUGGCCGUGGUGCUGCUGCAGUACGAGUUGCUGCACCUGCAGGGCUGGAGUCAGGCUGCAGAGGGCGCACCACACUGCCUGAGCGCCGCCCUGCUGGUCAGAAAUGACAACAACCAGGUUUUUGUGAACCUCGACCCUGGGGUUCUGGAGAUGCUGCAGGAGGCCCGAUGGAUGACCAAGCUGGGAGUUCCUGUGCCAAAGGUUGUCCAGAAAAUGAUCUCAAGAGAAGAACAUGUCAAAGCUCUGCACACAAGGCUGCUGGAUUUGAUCCAGGACUACAGCUCGUUGGUUGCAAAGAUACCGCCUUCACUCCUCCCUCUGAUGCAGCCCUUCAUUGGCCGGGUGGAGGCGUCUCUCUCUCCUGGACUCACCGCACUCUCCUGGACCGCUCUGAACACCGACUUAUUCAUACAGGGUGUGUAUGAGGCUCUGAAGGAUCUGGAUCAGGUGUCUAAAGCUGCAGCAGACCUGUUGGAGUGUCGUAUUGGUCAGCUGCUUCAGUCCAUGUCGUCCAGCUGUCUGCUGGUCCUGCCUGAAGACUCACCUGUCUCACCUGAGGACCUCCUGCUGCAGACAGACAGCUCAGUCCGAGCUGCUGCCGUCACCCUGAACUGGCAGAGUCAGCAGGUGGAGAGGUACGUCUUUGAGCUGAUUGACGAGUUGAAGAGGAAGAUGAAGACGUCAGAGACGAUUAAUCUGGAGGGGUCUUUCCAGUGCCUCCAUCCGGACUUCAAACAGAAGACUCGCUGUCAGUCGUGUCUUCCUUGUCGAUUCUACAACCUGAUUGGUCAGCUCUGUCACCGCAACACUGAAGCCCUCGUUAAAGCCACCAAAUCCUCUCUGGACGCCCUGAGGAGGAGACUUCAUGUCCCCAAGGUCCAGCCUCCCUCCUCCUACAGCAGCCAAUCAGCGGCCCCUCCUCUCUUCAGAGCCUCUAUGCAGCUCGCCAUCCCAAACAUCGUCCUCAGACCCAGUCUGGACGACAUCCAGAGCUCUGUGAACAGGCUGGUAAACAUUGUGUUGUCUGUGACUAAAGACAUCCCUCUGUGGACUUUUGCUCACCUGCAGUUCAAACAGCAGCAGGUGGAGCAGGCGGCGCUCCGGGAUUCGGGAGACGACAUCCCGUUGAAGCCGCCGGUGCUGAGGCCUCUGGACCGACAGCUGGUCGAACACAAAGACAUCAACAAGUCUAUGAUGCAGCUCGGCUCCAUCGUGUCGACGCUCAGAGCUCAGGCUGCAGAGACUCUGACUGAACUCUCCCACUUCUCUACUUUGUGGAACCAGGAUCCGGAGGAGCAGGUUCAGGCCUUCCUGCAGUCUGAUCCCUCGCUCACCGAGUUCAACUCUCAGAUCUCCUUCUACUCCAAGCUGGAGGUGCAGAUCUCAGAGCUCCCAGCGUUUUUCACGGUGGGUUCGGUUCUCUUCGACACCGAGCAGCUGAGACUGUCGCUCACUCAGGAGUGUCGGCUGUGGAAACGGGCCUUCGGCACCGCACUCAACCGCAGGGCGUCCACCAACAUGGACGACGUCUUCUCAUUCGUCGACGCGCUGACCAAGAGGCUUCAGCGUCCAAUCACAGACCUGGAGGAUGUGCGGGGAGCCAUGGCAGCACUCAGAGAGGUUCGGGAGGCAGAGGUUCGCAUUGACGCCACCAUCGGUCCGGUGGAGGAAUCCUUCGCUCUGCUCACCAAACACGAGCUGCUCUUCAGUGACGGGAACUCAGAGCGCGUGGAUGUCCUGACGUACGCCUGGAAGAACCUCAACAGCCUGGUGGAUCAGAACCAGAACACUCUCAUGAGGAUCCAGCCCAGCAUGAAGGCGGACCUGCUCUCCGCGGUGCAGAGCUUCCAGAUCCACGUUCAGAGCUUCUGCAGCGAGUACAACCACAGGGGUCCUGGGAUGGAGGGCGUGGCUCCUGCUGAAGCCAGCGAGCGGCUACAGAGCUUCCAGGCGGAGUUUGAUCAGCUGUGGAGGGAGUACACCACCUACAGUGGAGGAGAGGAGCUGUUUGGACUGCCGGUUAACGAGUACCCCGAGCUGCAGAGAAUCAGGAGGGAGCUGUCUCUGCUGUCCAAACUCUACUCUCUGUAUAACUCCGUCAUCGACAGCGUGGCCGGAUACCAUGACAUCCUGUGGGCGGAGCUUAACAUCGAGAAGAUCAACACUGAGCUGCAGGACUUCCAGAACAGGAUCCGGAAGCUUCCAAAGGCGUUGAAGGAUUGGCCGGCUUUCAGAGAUCUAAAGAAAACCAUCGAUGACUUCACGGAGAGCUGCCCGCUGCUCUACAUGAUGGCCAACAAGGCCAUGCUGCCUCGACACUGGACUCGCCUCAGUGAGUUGACUGGUCACAGCUUUCAGGUGGAAUCAGAGAGUUUGGCCCUCAAAAACAUCAUGGAGGCCCCGCUGCUGAAAUACAAAGAGGACAUUGAGGAUGUGUGUAUCAGCGCGGUGAAGGAGCGGGACAUCGAGGCCAAGCUGAAGGACGUUGUAGCCGAGUGGAGCAGCCACGCGCUCGCCUUCGCCCCCUUCAGGACCAGGGGAGAACUGCUGCUGAAAGGAGCCGACACAGCUGAGAAAAUGACCAUGAUGGAGGACAGUCUGAUGGUGCUGGCGUCGCUGCUGAGCAACAGAUACAACGCUCCCUUCAAGCCGUCCAUCCAGCUGUGGGUCCAGAAACUCUCCAACACCUCCGAGAUCAUCGAGAAGUGGCUGUCCGUACAAAACCUCUGGAUCUACCUGGAGGCGGUGUUUGUGGGCGGUGACAUCGCUAAGCAGCUUCCUCAGGAGGCCAAGCGUUUCCAGAACAUUGACAAGUCGUGGCAGAGGAUCAUGCAGCGAGCACACGAGCUCCCGAAUGUGGUGCAGUGCUGCGUGGGGGAUGAGACACUCAGCCAGUUGCUCCCUCACCUCCUCGAGCAGUUGGAGCACUGUCAGAAGUCUCUGUCUGGUUACCUGGAGAAGAAACGAUUGGUGUUUCCUCGUUUUUUCUUUGUGUCUGAUCCCGCCCUGCUGGAGAUCCUAGGACAAGCCUCUGACUCGCACACGAUACAGGCUCAUCUGCUCAGUCUGUUUGACAACGUCAACAGAGUGGUUUUCAACGACAAAAUCUACGACCAGAUCGUCAGCUUUCAGUCUCAAGAGGGAGAAACCGUGGACCUGAGCCAGCCUGUCCAGGCUCAGGGGAACGUGGAGGAGUGGUUGGGACAGUUGCUGCUCUGGGUGAGGCAGACGCUCCAUGCUAUCAUUCGUCAGGCUUACCUGGCCAUCAGCGACCCGGCCCUGAAGCUGCUGGAGUUCCAGUCUGCGUUUCCAGCUCAGGUCGGCCUGCUGGGAAUCCAGAUGAUCUGGACCAAAGACGCAGAGGAUGCACUCGUCCUCAGCAAGUCGGACAAGAAGAUCAUGCAAACAACCAAUCAGAAGUUCCUGGAUAUCCUCAACGAGCUCAUCGACAUGACGACCAGGGAGCUGAGCAAGAACGAGAGGACUAAAUAUGAGACGCUCAUCACCAUCCACGUCCACCAGAGGGACAUCUUUGACGAGCUGGUGCGCCUGAACGUGCGAUCCGCGGCGGACUUUGAGUGGCAGAAACAGUCGAGGUUUUACUUCUUGGAGGAGACGGACAGGUGUAUCAUCCAAAUCACAGACGUUGAGUUCAGCUACUGCAACGAAUACCUCGGCUGUACGGACAGACUGGUCAUCACCCCGCUGACCGACAGGUGUUACAUCACUCUGUCUCAGGCUCUGGGCAUGAGUAUGGGCGGAGCUCCGGCUGGUCCAGCAGGAACAGGAAAGACAGAGACCACUAAAGACAUGGGCCGCUGUCUGGGGAAGUAUGUGGUGGUUUUUAACUGUUCCGACCAGAUGGACUACAGAGGACUGGGACGCAUAUACAAAGGGCUGGCCCAGUCCGGAGCCUGGGGCUGCUUUGAUGAGUUUAACCGCAUCGAACUGCCGGUUCUGUCCGUCGCCGCCCAGCAGAUCUACAUCGUCCUGCAGUGUAAGAAGAACAAGAAGAAACAGUUUGUGUUCACAGACGGAGACCUGGUUGAUAUGGACCCUGAGUUUGGCAUCUUCCUCACCAUGAACCCAGGUUACGCAGGUCGCCAGGAGCUGCCCGAGAACCUGAAGAUUCAGUUUCGGACUGUAGCCAUGAUGGUGCCGGACCGAGCAAUCAUCAUGAGGGUCAAACUGGCCAGUGCAGGUUUCCGUGACAACCAGGUCCUCAGCAGGAAGUUCUACACCCUCUACAAGCUGUGUGAGGAGCAGCUCUCCAAACAGGUCCAUUAUGAUUUUGGUCUGAGGAACAUUUUGUCCGUUUUGAGGACGCUGGGAGCUGUGAAGAGAUCCAACCCAUCAGAACCGGAGAAGACGGUGGUGAUGAGGGUCCUGAGAGACAUGAACCUCUCCAAACUGGUCGAUGAGGAUGAGCCUCUGUUCAUGAGUCUGAUCAAUGAUCUCUUCCCUGGUAUUGUUCUUGAUAAAGCUGGUUAUCCCGACCUGGAGUCGUCUAUCUUCAGUCAGGCUCAGCAGGCCGGGCUGAUCCCUCAUCCCCCCUGGAUCCUCAAACUGGUUCAGCUGUACGAGACGCAGAGAGUCCGACACGGUAUGAUGACGUUGGGUCCCAGCGGUGCGGGGAAGACGGCGUGUAUCCACACGCUGAUGAAGGCCAUGUCAGAGUGCGGCUCCCCCCACCGCGAGAUGAGGAUGAACCCCAAAGCGAUCACGGCCUCGCAGAUGUUCGGCACGCUGGACGUGACCACCAACGACUGGACCGACGGCAUCUUUUCUACUCUGUGGAGGAAGACUCUGAAGGCCAAGAAGGGGGAAUACGUCUGGAUCGUGCUGGACGGGCCAGUUGAUGCCAUCUGGAUCGAGAACCUGAACUCAGUUCUGGACGACAACAAAACUCUGACGCUGGCGAACGGAGACCGAAUCCCCAUGGCCCCCUGCUGCAAGAUUGUUUUUGAGCCCCACAACAUCGACAACGCCUCCCCGGCCACCGUGUCCAGGAACGGGAUGGUGUUCAUGAGCUCGUCGGUGCUCGGCUGGAGCCCCAUCCUGCAGGCUUGGUUGCAGACGCUCCCUGGACCACAGGCCGACGCCCUGAAACUCUGCUUCAGCUGCUGCUACCAGGGAAGGACCAUGAAAACUCAGACUGACCUACUGGACUUUGUCUCAACAUCUGUAUCUCCUAAGAUGCAGGUGUUGGAGUGUAUGUACAUCAGACAGACUAUUGACCUGCUGCAGGGGUUGCUUCCUACAGAGGAGAAACAGGGUUGCCAUGGUGACGUUGGGCGACUGUUUGUGUUUGCGGUGAUGUGGUCUCUGGGAGCGGUACUGGAGCUGGAAGACAGAGCCAAGAUGGAGGCUUUCCUAAAGCAUCUGGGCUCUUCUCUGGACCUGCCGCAGACUCAGGACGAUCAGACCAUCUUUGAGUUCACCGUCAACGAGCAGGGACAAUGGGAGCACUGGUCCAACAAGGUCCCUGACUACGUUUACCCCAAGGACCACGUCCCGGACUACUCGUCCAUCCUGGUUCCCAACGUGGACAACGUGAGGACGGACUUCCUGAUGCAGACCAUCGUGAAGCAGAGGAAGGCCGUGCUGCUGAUUGGAGAACAGGGAACCGCCAAGACCGUCAUGAUCAAAGGCUACACUAGUAAGCUCGACCCUGAGCGCCACCUCAGUAAGACGAUGAACUUCUCGUCGGCCACGCUGCCCAGCAUGUUCCAGCGAACCAUCGAGAGCUACAUCGAUAAACGGAUGGGCGCCACCUACGGGCCACCGGCCGGGCGCAGGAUGACCGUCUUCAUCGAUGACAUCAACAUGCCCGUCAUCAACGAAUGGGGUGAUCAGAUAACCAAUGAGAUUGUGCGUCAGCUGAUGGAGCAGGGAGGUUUCUACAGUUUGGAUCGUCCAGGAGAAUUCAUCACUGUGGUGGAUGUUCAGCUGGUGGCAGCCAUGAUCCACCCGGGUGGCGGGCGGAACGACAUCCCUCAGCGUCUAAAGAGGCAGUUCUCCAUCUUUAACUGCACGCUGCCCUCUAACUCCUCCAUCGAUAAGAUCUUCAGCACCGUGGCUCAGGGAUACUUUUGCCCUGAGAGAGGCUUUGUCGCCGCUGUCUGCGAGUUCGCCGCUGCCCUCGUACCCACCACCAGACGGGUGUGGCAGGCUGUGAAGGCCAAGAUGUUACCGUCUCCUGCUAAAUUUCACUACAUCUUCAACCUGAGGGACCUCAGCAGAAUCUGGCAGGGGAUCCUGACAGUGAAGUCUGAGGUGUGUCAGAGCUCAGAGCUCCUCUCGGCUCUGUUUCAUCAUGAAUGCUGCAGAGUGAUCGCUGACAGAUUCAUUGACGGCAGCGACAGACAUACUUUUAACGGCAUCAUGGAGAAGAUCACAGUGGAGGAUCAUGGGAGAGCUGUGAUUGAGCAUGCUCAGUGGAACAGUUGCUUUGUAGACUUCAUGCGUGAAGCUCCAGAGGCGACAGGAGACGAGCCUGAAGAUGUUGAGCUUGAAGCUCCAAAGGUGUAUGAGCCAAUCCCAUCCCUGGACUCUCUGGAAAAGCGACUGUGUGUUUUCCAGCAGCAGUACAACGAGGCGGUGAGGGGCGGAGCCAUGGACCUGGUCUUCUUCAAGGACGCGAUGACCCACCUGAUUCGGAUCUCUCGGAUCCUGCGCACGCCUCAGGGGAACGCCCUGCUGGUUGGGGUCGGGGGGUCGGGUAAGCAGAGUCUGACGAGGCUGGCAUCGUUCAUCGCCGGGUAUCAAACAUUCCAGAUCACACUUACCAGGUCGUACAGCAGCAGUAACCUGCUGGAGGAUCUGAAGGCUCUGUAUCGUAUCGCUGGUCAGCAGGGUCGAGGAGUCACGUUCCUCUUUACUGACAACGACAUAAAAGACGAAGCCUUCCUCGAAUACAUGAACAACGUCCUGGCGAGUGGAGAAGUUUCUAACCUGUUUGCUCGUGACGAGCUCGAUGACAUCACUCAGGAUCUGAUUCCUGUCAUGAAGCGACAUCACCCGCGCCGACCUCCGACCUCUGAGAACCUCUACGACUUCUUCCUGUCCCGAGUGCGGAGCAACCUCCACGUCGUCCUCUGCUUCUCGCCUGUCGGGGAAAAGUUUCGGAACCGAGCCUUAAAGUUCCCAGGUCUGAUUUCAGGCUGCACUGUGGACUGGUUCCAGCGCUGGCCUCGGGACGCCCUGGUGGCCGUAUCGAAUCACUUCCUGUCUAAUUACCAGGACCUCCGCUGCUCGGAUGGUGUAAAGCAGAGUGUGGUGGUUACCAUGGGAACCUUCCAGGACCUGGUGGCGGAGAAAUGUGCCGAGUAUUUCGAGCGUUUCAGGCGUCAAACAUUUGUGACGCCAAAAUCCUACCUGUCCUUCAUCGACAGCUACAAGGUCAUCUACGCCGAGAAGAUCGCUCACGUCGGCACGCUCGCUGAGCGCAUGAAGACGGGUCUGUGUAAGCUGAUGGAGGCUGAGCAGUCCGUGUCUCAGCUCUCUGAGGAGCUGGUGCUGAAGGAGCAGGAGCUCGCCGUCGCCUCUAGGAGGGCAGAUGAAGUCCUGCAGGAGGUCACAGCCAAAGCUCAGGCUGCUGAAAAGGUUAAGCAGCAGGUGCAGAAGGUGAAGGAUAAAGCUCAGCUCAUCGUCGACGAGAUUGAAGCUGACAAAUCAGCAGCAGAGACCAAACUGGAAGCUGCAAAACCUGCGUUGGAGGCUGCUGAGGCUGCACUACAGACGAUUAAACCAGCGGACAUCGCCACCGUGAGGAAGCUGCAGAAGCCCCCUCACCUCAUCAUGAGGAUCAUGGACGCUGUGCUGCUGCUGUUCCAGAGGAAGAUCGACGUGACGACUCCUGACCCUGAGAGAGCUUGUCCCAAACCUUCAUGGGCCGAGGCCAUGAAGCUGAUGCAGAACUCGGCCUUCCUCAGCAUGCUGCUCAACUUCAGCAAGGACUCCAUCACAGAGGAGGUGGUGGAGCUGAUCGCUCCGUACCUGGACAUGGACGACUACAACCUAGAGUCAGCCAAGAGGACCUGCGGCAACGUGGCGGGACUCUGCUCCUGGACUCAGGCCAUGGCUGACUUCUUCUCCAUCAACAAGGAGGUGCUGCCGCUGAAGGCUAACCUGGCCCUGCAGGAGGCUCGCCUGGUGGUCGCUCAGACUGAACUGGCUCAAGCUCAGGAGCAGCUGGACGCUAAGCAGCAGGAGCUGGACGCCGUGCAGGCGCUCUACGACGCCGCCAUGAAGGAGAAGCAGGACCUGGAGGAUGACGCCCAGGCCUGCCGCCGCAAGAUGGGCAACGCUACGGCUCUGAUCGACGGGCUGGGAGGCGAGAAGGUGCGUUGGACUGACAGCAGCGCCGGCUUUCAGACCCAGAUCUCACACCUGGUGGGGGACGUCCUCCUGUCUGCAGGCUUCCUGUCCUAUGCCGGGCCUUUUAACCAGGAGUACCGCAGCCUGCUGCUGGAGCAGUGGAAGAGAGAGAUGGAGGAGCAGCUGAUCCCCUUCAGUCCUGACCUGAACGUGAUUGGCCUGCUGGUGGACAACGCCACAGUGAGCGAGUGGAACCUGCAGGGUUUGCCCAGUGACGACCUGUCCAUCCAGAACGGCAUCGUGGUGACGAAGGCGUCCCGCUACCCGCUGCUGAUAGACCCCCAGGGCCAGGGCAAGACCUGGAUCCAGAACAAAGAGAGAGACCAGCAGCUGCAGAUGACGUCUCUGAACCAUAAAUAUUUCCGAUCACACCUGGAGGACAGUCUGUCUCUGGGGCGCCCCCUGCUGUUAGAGGACGUAGGAGAGGAACUGGACCCCGUCCUGGACAACAUACUGGACAAAAACUACAUCAAGUCUGGAUCGACGUAUAAAGUAAAGGUGGGAGAUAAGGAGGUGGAUGUGAUGAAGGGUUUCACUCUCUACAUCACUACCAAGCUGGCCAACCCGGCGUACAGCCCCGAGGUCAGCGCCAGGACGGCCGUGGUCGACUUCACCGUCACUCAGCGCGGCCUGGAGGACCAGCUGCUGGGCCGAGUCAUACUGCUGGAGAAACAGGAGCUGGAGGCAGAGCGAGUGCAGCUCCUAGAGGAGGUGACGUCCAACAAGAGGAAGAUGCAGGAGCUGGAGGACAGUCUGCUGUUCAGGCUGACCAGCACACAGGGCUCUCUGGUGGAGGACGAGUCUCUGAUCGAGGUUCUGAGGGUCACAAAGAGAACGGCCCAGGAGGUGAGUGAGAAGCUGUCUGUUGCCGCCGAGACAGAGGUGAAGAUCAACCAAGCCAGGGAGGAGUACCGGCCGGUGGCCACAAGGGGGAGCAUCCUCUACUUCCUGAUCGUGGAGAUGUCACUGGUUAACGUCAUGUACCAGACGUCUCUGCGGCAGUUCCUGGGGCUCUUUGACUCGUCCAUGCGGCACUCGGCCAAAUCACAAGUCACCUCCAAACGCAUCAGCAACAUCGUCAGCUUUCUCACGUACCAGGUGUUCUGUUACACAGCCAGGAGUCUGUACGAGGAACACAAACUGCUCUUCACUCUGCUGCUAGCUCUGAAGAUCGACCUGCAGGCCAGAAACAUCUCGCACCCUGAGGUGCUCACCUUCGUCAAAGGCGGAGCUUCUCUGGACCUGAACUCUGUAGAAACCAAACCUCGCCGCUGGAUCCUGGAUCAGACUUGGCUCAAUCUGGUGCAGCUGUCCAGCCGGCCCCCGUUCACACAGAUCCUGACCCAGGUGAGCCAGAACGAGCGUGCCUGGAGGACCUGGUUUGACCAUCCAACGCCAGAGGAUACCCCACUGCCUGAUGGGUACGAGGAAAAGCUUGACACCUUCCGGAAACUUCUUCUCAUCAGGAGCUGGUGUCCGGACCGAACCACUGCUCAGGCGCGUCACUACAUCUCAGAGUCUCUGGGUCCGCGGUAUGCUGAAGGUUUGGUUCUGGACCUGGACGCCAUGUUAGCAGAGAGCGACAGCAGGACGCCGAUGGUGUGUCUGCUGUCGAUGGGCUCCGACCCGACAGAAAACAUCGAGAGACUCGCCAAGAAUAAGGGAGCGCCAUGUCGCCCCAUUUCUAUGGGGCAGGGUCAAGAGGUCCACGCUCGCAGGCUGUUGGCCAACAGUAUGGUGGACGGCGGCUGGCUCCUCCUCCAGAACUGCCACCUGGGACUGGACUUCCUGGACGAGUUAUUGGAGACGGUCACCGCGGCAACGGCAGAAAGCGUGCACAAAGGUUUCAGGGUGUGGCUGACGACUGACGUUCACCCAAGAUUCCCCAUCACCUUCCUCCAGUCCUCCAUCAAGUUCACCAAUGAACCUCCUCUGGGGAUGAAGGCUGGUCUGAAGAGGACGUUUAACGGCGUCACUCAGGAUCAGUUAGACAUCAGCAACCUGCCUCAGUGGAAGCCUCUGCUGUUCGCUCUGGCCUUCUUACACACCACUGUGCAGGAGCGACGAAAGUUCGGUCCUCUCGGCUGGAACAUCCCCUACGAGUUCAACCAGGCCGAUUUCACCUCCAGCAUGCAGUUUGUGCAGAACCACCUGGACGAGCUGGACUCAAAGAGAGGCGUGAACUGGAGCUGCCUGCGCUACAUGCUGGGCGAGGUCCAGUAUGGCGGCCGGGUGACAGACGACUUGGACAAACAUCUCCUCAACACUUUCACCAGUGUGUGGUUCAGCGAGAACACCUUCAGCGACAAGUUCUGCUUCUAUAAAGGCUACACCAUCCCGAGCAUGUCCAAAUCAGUCCAGGACGUCCUGCAGCACAUCGAGGCCCUGCCCCUGGUCGACUCCCCUGAGGUUUUUGGGCUCCACCCCAAUGCUGACAUCACCUACCAGACCAACCUGGCCAAUGAGACGCUCAGCACCAUCAUCAGCAUACAACCCAAAGACAGCGGGGGCGGGCCCGGUGAGACGAGGGAGGCGAGCGUGCAGAGAUUAGCUAAUGAGAUGUUGGAGAAGCUACCACCUGACUACGUACCGCAUGAGGUGAAAGCUCAACUACAGAAGAUGGGUCCCCUUCAGCCAAUGAACAUCUUCCUGCGACAGGAAGUGGACCGCAUGCAGCGUGUCAUCAGCAGUGUACGGAGCACGCUCACUGACCUCAGACUGGCCAUCGACGGUACCAUCAUCAUGUCAGAGGACCUGCGCGAUGCCCUCGACUGCAUGUUCGACGCUCGGAUCCCUCGCCUGUGGCUGCGGCUCAGCUGGCCGUCAGCCACGUUAGGAUUCUGGUUCAGCGAGCUGCUGGAGAGGAACCAGCAGCUUAGCGGCUGGAUCAGCGCUGGCCGGCCAAACCAGUUCUGGCUCACCGGAUUUUUUAACCCCCAGGGUUUUCUGACCGCCAUGCGCCAGGAGACCACACGCUCCAACUUGUCCAGGGGCUGGGCCUUGGAUACUGUCACCCUUAGCAACGAUGUCACCAAGAUGAUGAGAGAGGAUGUGUCUGCUCCGCCCCCAGAGGACGUGGGCGGAGUCUACAUCUACGGCCUCUUUCUGGACGGGGCGGGAUGGGACCGACGCAGUGCCAAACUCACUGAGGCCCCGCCCAAAGUCCUCUUCACUCCCCUCCCCGUCGUCCACGUCUACGCCGUCAGUUCAGCCAACAUGGCCGACAGUAAGCCUCAGCCUGGAGGUGGCGGUGUUGGAGGUGGGGGGGCGAUCAGCCUGUACUUGUGUCCGGUCUAUAAGAAGCCGCGUCGCACCGACCUGAACUUCAUCUUCUCCCUGCAGCUGAGGAGCGUGCAGCCAGUCGAGCACUGGACGCUGCGAGGAGCCGCUCUGCUCUGCGACUGCAAGUGACCAUGUGACCACUUUUAAUGUUAUUGUUACAGCCCAGGGACAAUCAUGCUGUCGAAAAGUAGAAUCUAAAGGACCAAUGAGGUUCAAUUUACUUCCACAUUGAACUAUUUAUGAGCAAAGCACAUAUUUUAUACGUUCCCAGUGAAAAUUCAACAAAUUUCAAUUAAUUUAUAUAAAAUAAAAGGAAACAUUAAUGUAGCGGAUAAAUUGUUUUUACAUAUUUAAACAUUUUUCUUUACUUUCUAAAUGAUUUGUAGAGUCCUAAACAGUCUUAAACAGUCGUCCUGUGAUUUUUGUUCUUUAAUUGUGUAAUGAUUUCUCUGUCACAAUCAGCUCAAACCUACAAUGUAGUAUUUGGGCCGCAUUAAAGGAACCAAAUAUAGAGGA